CAUAUCUAUGUAUGGCUUGGACUGAAGGUGGAGUGGGGAGAAAAUUUGGAGACGGUUUAGUCCUGAGUUAAAUUGGUUAAAAUCGUCCGUUAACUGUCUGUGAGGAUUGGUGAGGAUACUCUAUGAGGAUGUUAUUAUUGCAAACUUGAACAUACGUAAAAGUAGUGCAGUGCAGAGUAGUGCAGUGAAAGUAGAGAAGGACUGGGCUUGGUUUAUAUUUAGAAUAUUCAGAUAGAUAUUUACAUUGAUUUACAUAUCGAUACAACACGAUAAAGUAAAAUUCGAGAUAAAAUCUUGAGAAAGCUCUAAAAAGAUACAAAAAACGUAAAUAUGUCAGAUCCGGAACUUGAAGCGUUACGACAGCAACGUCUGGCUCAAUUGCAAGCUCAAUAUAAGGGUAACAAUGCCAACGAUAAACAAGCAAUGGAAGAGAGAAUGCAACAAAUGGAAGAGAUGAAACAUGCUAUAUUAACUCAAGUGUUGGAUCAGUCAGCUAGAGCAAGAUUGAAUACACUUUGCCUUGGAAAGCCUGAGAAGGGCAAAAUGGUGGAAGAAAUGCUUCUAAACAUGGCACAACGUGGACAGCUACCUGGCAAACUUGGAGAGAAAGAAUUAAUCAAUUUACUUGAAAAUGUGAAUCAACAAACGCAAAAGAAGACAACAGUAAAAUUUGACAGGAGAAGAGCAGCUAUGGAUUUCGAUGAUGAUAUGGAUUUGUAGCAAUUGUACAAAUUUUACAUCCAAAAUUAAUUAAAUUAUAGAGAUUGUGCUCAUGAUUC